AUGCCGAUGAAUAAAAGAGCAGUUUGGGGAAUUUUGCUGAUGAGCUCAUUGAUUACAUUGAGUCAGUCGAGCAAACUGAACGUUCCCAAGCUGCUGCUUCCUCUCAGCACUCGCGUGCCUGUGAACAUCACACUGACAGCACAGAGUGGAUGCUACAAAUGGAUGUCCUCUAAGCCCGAGAGUGUCAGGGUGUAUCCUCUGUCUGCACUAAGCCCUCCAGAUCUACUGCCUGUGUCAUCGUGCAGUCAGCAGUGCAUGGUGUCCGCUCUGUCCUCUCCUCAGGCUAUUCCUAUCCAUAGUGUGGUUCAAGCACAGGACCUUGUGACAGGUCAUGUUCUGCGCUGUGAUGUCAUCGUUGAUCGUAUCCAAAGGAUUCAGAUUGUCACAACCACUAGACAUCUUUUUACUGAUGACCCACCCCUUCAAUUGUCUGUCCAGGCGUUUGACACCGAAGGAAAUACUUUCAGCUGUCUGGCUGGCUUGAAUUUUAAUUGGCGGCUGGCAAAGGAGUCUGAUGCAAUAGAGACAUUGAGGUUUGUACGGUACCAUGAUGCCGGUUAUGCUCCUCCACCUCAUAUCUUGUCUAUAGAGGAAGCUGGUCAGAGGGGUGACAGUGUCCUGCUGUAUGGGAUCCACAGCGGUUUGGCACAUAUAAAGGUUUCUCUUACACACCCUGAAUAUAAGCAUGUAGAAGCAGCCAGUGUGACUUUGUUUGUGAUCGAUCGACUACACCUGAGCCCAGCGGAGGACACAUAUCUGCUACAGGGCUCGACUAUCAAAUACAAUGUGUGGAAAACAGAGCAAGAGGGAGAAAUUGAGGUCACUCUGUCGGAGGAAGGAUACAGGCUGGCUGUGAAUGGGUACAGAGGCAGAAUGUAUUAUUGUGAUAUCAUCUGUGUUGACCAAGAGACAACUACCGUCACUGCCCUCAAGCUGGGUCAAGCGACACUGACCAUUUCACACAACAAUCUGCCAUCUGAAGUAAUGUCUCACCUCCCUCGCAUUACUGUAUACGUGGUGGAGCCCAGUUACAUGACUUUGGGUAUUAAGGAGGAAGAGGACAGAUGGGUUUUGGAGAGAGAGCGGCAGUAUUAUUUGACUGUCCGUAUCCAUGACAACGAGGGCCAUGUGGUUCACCUAUCACAGAAUGUGGUCAUUGUUUUGGAAGAGAGUGAUGGAUUACUGACGUUGGAUUCCACUUCUGACCCCUCCUGCCACCUCCUUACAACCCAUAGGACAGGAAAGACCUCAGUACAGGCCACACUUCAUAGCGUCAUCUCUGAGGAUGGUGAAGAGUGGCCCAUCAUCCCACCAAUUAGAGCACAACAGGAAGUGGAAAUCUACAACCCUCUUACCCUGCAGCCCUCUUUGAUUGUGUUUCCAUGGCAACCCCGCGAUAAGCUGUACCAGUACAGUAUUAAGGUGGAGGGAGGAAGUGGCUCCGUGAUAUGGGAAGUGUCUAAUAGUCAAAUUGCCACAGUUACUGUAAAAGGGGUGGUCCUAGCCGGAAAAAGGAGGGGUCAAACUGAAAUUCAAGCUUUGGAUUCCAAAAACCCAUUACAUAAAGUAGUCGGGAAGGUAAUGGUUGUGAGACCCAGCCGGUUGCAGCUGAUGCCGCAGCGGGGUGACUGCCGUGUAGGAGACUGGAUUGAGCUUCCCUUGGCUCUGUGGGGCAUCCAGGACCCCUCUGAUUUUUGCUCUCCUCAAUAUGAAGAGUCUUUCCUGAUGGAGGGAAAUUUUGUGCCGGUCACAGACUGCUCUGAGCUCUCGCUACACAUCCACACCGAACCUCCUGGCAUCUUCACACAUGAGCCAGGGUCUGUGUCUCCGGGUGUUGGGUAUUGUGGAGGGGUCCGUUUUAAAGCUAUUUCACAGGGUUAUGCUGUUGUUACCAUCACAGUGGAAACAGAGCGAUGCAACAUCAGUGAGAAGACAUCACUGAUGGCAUACAGCCCACUUAAAUCUCUUGCAUCUAAGGUUCUCCUGUCAGUGGGUGCAGCUCGUAUGGUUGUAUUUGAAGGGGGUCCUCAGCCCUGGCCCACGGCCCCCAUCCGUUUCUAUAGUUAUGUCGAGGCACAGCCAGCAGGGGGUGUUACCUUGGAGACAUUGAGUUCGGAAGAAGCAGGACCACUUCGACAUGCAUAUUGGGUCACGUGCGCCGCUCUGGGAGAACAGUGGUUGGUCUUUAGGUGCGGUAAUACUCCAGGUCCAUUAAACGAGAUGCCGGCCGUUGAGGAGAGCAGAGUUCAGGUUGCAUGCGGCGUACCUGCUGGUCUCUCUCUUACUCCUCUCUUGUGCACAGCCUCCUCACCAUCUUGCAUUCCUGGGUUCCCCAAUCACAGUUCCUGCCCUCAACAUCAGCACCCCUGUGGACCAUUAGCUGUGUCCAGCAGUAGGGAUGCUGCCUUGCAGUUGUCUUUAUUCAACCAGAAGGGGGAGCAGUUUGAUAAUUUCACUUCCUGUUCGGUAAAGUGGACCACCUCAGACCCUCGCCUUCUCUCAUUGCCACCUCAGUCUGCAAUGAACAUGGUCGAUGAACCAACUCAGACAGGCUACAAACUACAUGCCUGGCAGGUGCUUCAAGCCCAUGAACAGACAGGAACUGUGACUGUUAAUGUCACUCUCAGAUGUCCAGAGAUGUCAACAGCACUGGUGUCUCAGCAUGUGAAUCUGCAUUUGGUAGAAGAUGUGCAGUGGGCCAUCCGUUCUGUCACUCUGUUUAACCAUCCAAAUGUCACUGAAAAUCUGACCUUAAUCCAUGGCACAGGUCACUUUCAGGUCAAAUUAGAAGAUAGUAGAUUGGCCCACAUCACCCAUUUGGAGAACACCAAUAUAGUACAGGUGUCUCCACGUCAGCCAGGUUCCUCAACUCUCGUGGCUUAUGAUCUCUGUCUGUCCUCUGGUCCAGCUGUGGCCUCCAUCCUGGUCUCUGACAUCACAGAUUUUCAGAUUGACUUCACUGAUAUUAUCGAGGUCAGUCGUACCGUUACAGUGCGGGUGCGUGUCCUGGAUUCGAAGAACCAGCCAUUUCUCCAUCAUUUCCUGUCAUUUAUGAACCUUAAGCUUAUUCCAUCUUCAUCCAUCGUUUCUGUGAAGCAGGUGGGGCCGCUGGACAGGUACUCUGUAGGAUUUAAUGUGACAGGCCUAGAAGUGGGCGUGGUCAGUUUUCACCUCUCAGCAGUAGGUGGUGAUGGAGGUGUUAUAAGCUCUUCCCACAAAAAUAUACAAGUUUACCCACCAUUCAUUCUGCGGCCCCAUAAACUUUCUCUGGCAGUUGGAAGUGUGCAACAGGUGAAAUGGGAGGGAGGUCCUCAUCCACAGUCGAGUGUGGGGUUCUCGGUGAAUGACAGCUCUAUUGCUGUGGUGUCUGACACAGGACUGGUUAGGGGUAUGGCAAUGGGAAUGGCCAAACUCAGAGGAGUUCUUCAGUCUGUAACACAAGACACAGGAUCAAUCCUCACCAUUGCACAGGAUGAAGUAGAGGUGGAAGUAUUUAACAUGACAGGAGUGAGAAUACAAGCUCCUUUAGUGACUCUAUCUGUCGGAACAGAGAUGCCGGUUUACGUGAUGGGGAGUGACAAUCGUCAAAAUCCUUUUUCUCUUGGUAGUGUUGAGUCUGGCCUCAGUUUCUACUGGAGUCUGAGCAAACCGGACGUUUUGGAGAUCAGGGCAAGGCACACUGAAGUGGGUGUUAGUGUGUUGCCCUCUCACAGUUUCUCUGUACUGGUAAAGGCCAAAGCUCCAGGCAAAAGCAGCCUCAAAGUGCGUGUGCAGCUUGAACAGAUACACACCAGCAACACGUCACUCUCUGAUCAUCUUACUAAUGAGAUACAGAUACUGGUGUUUGAAGAGAUGCAGUUUGCAGCAGGAAGUCUCAGAUCCAUCCUUAUGUCCCCUCAGUCUCAAUACUCCCUGCAAAGCAAUAAAGACUCAAACUAUCCGGUCCAUUAUGCCCUCAGAGAAUGUGUCUCAGGGGCGGGGCUUGUUACCGUUGACGAGCAAGGGGUGGUGAGGGCGGGGCCUGAUACAGGAGCCGUCCUGUUGGAGGUUUUUACCACGGAUGCUCGUGGUAUCAACCAAACACAGUUGAUCAGUGUAAAGGUGUCAACAGUGUGGUUUGUUCGUGUUUUGGCUGUGUCAUCUCUGAAAAGUGAUGGUGAGAUAGCCCUACCGGCCUUUCCUCUGGGCUGGAGUAUCAAUAUCAUUGCUAUUUACUACAACCACCUGGGAGAACAGUUUCACUCUCAUAAUAUGCAAACAGCAGUUACCACAAACAGAGAUGACCUGGUGCAGCUGACGGCCGACAAAGACGGUCAGUCAUUUCUGGUGCAAACUGUGUCCCCGGGUCUAACUGUUUUGAAGGUACAGGGGCACCCAACCAACCCAUCUUUGAAUGAUUACAUACCUUUGUUAGUGCUGCCUACCAUCUCAGAGCCCCUCGGAUCUCUGCGGCCAGGAGAUGUCAUCUGUUUCAACUCUCCUAUUACAGACCUAAAUGGUAAGCGAGGCAGGUGGAAUGUGUCAUCAAGUCAAAUCCUUCAGAUGAACUCUGAGACUGGAGUGGCACUUGCAAAGAAUUCUGGGACAGCAGUGGUUUACUACAGGUUAAAAGAGGGGCAGCAAACCUUCCGACAGGUAACAGUUGAGCCUGCGACUGUUCCUCUUAUCAGAGUUCCAGAUGAUAGACUUCUUACUAACUGGCCUGAAGCUUCAGAAUUUAUAGUCUGGGUGGAUCUUAACACCUCUAAUGCCAACACAGCUCAAUGCACUCUGGACCAGUGGAAUGCUAUUGAGAAGAAUCUACAGCCUCAAGCAGAGCUGCAGUGUUUGCUUCAUUUCAGCGCCCCCUACCUACAUCUGAAAACAUUGCAGGCUAUAUUUCAUGCAUCACCCUUCUAUGAUAUAGACACUGCUCAGUACAGUUGCAGGAUUUCAGUGCAGCCGCAGUCAGACUCCAUCCUUCGUGUCCUGUCCACUCUGUCUUUCUCCAUCUAUCUGUCAGCCGGUCUUCAGACUCGGUCAUCCACCUCUGUUCAGUCUUCUGUUCUGCUCCCAUAUGUACCAGCAUUCUAUUGUCCUAUAACUGAGAUUAACCUUUCAUCCCAGCAACCUGUGGCUGAAAUCACUGUGUUUGGCACUGAAGACAUGCUUAGCACACUGCGGGCCCAUUCAGAUACCCCAGACAUUGUGAUAUCUGAGCCUGUUCGUUCAGAAGAGCCCAACUUCCUCCUCAUUUCAGUCUAUUCAGUGUCACAUCACCUGGAUCUGGGAACUUCUACUGCAAGCAUCACCCUGAACACAGAGCUCUCCACACAGACACAUAUAGUGAGGGUGACUAGACUUGUGGAUGGCAAGGAAUCAGGCCAGCUUGGAGCUUAUUUACACUCAGGGCAUUUGUUCAUUGUAACAUUUGUUCUGUUUGCUAUUCUUGCUGCCAGUGCUUCACUUUUUAUAGUGUACAAUACCAUGCUGUCUCGCAUGCAGACUCAGCCUACAGUCUACACAGCUUCUAUAAAUAAUGCAGAGGACAAAAGAAACUUCUUAGUGUGGCUGACACCAACAGUCCCAGCAGACAGAAACCUGCGAAGACGAUGGCUUUGGAGCGUUCGCUAAAACCUCCCU